AUGAGCGGAUGCAGGCAGCGAUGGGAUGAGGUGGGGUUUGCCAACAACAAGUAUCGCUACAGACAGUCGGUAAACGAGAUCCACACCGUGUGGCUACUCGGUCGCUUGUCGCCGGCUUCGGUCGCAAAUUGGCUGCACAAACAAGGUCAGAGAGAAGUUGCCGAAGCGAAGCAGUCUCUACCGCCUGUCUCUGCGCUGGGUCUGCCGCUCGCAGGAUGUGACCGCGUCAUUGUCACAAGGCUAAGGGUUCCAUUGCGAUCCAUUCCAGCCGGCGAAGGGACUAGCGCGGCCAGGGACUAG